AAAAAAAAAAAAAAAAAAUACAUAUAAAAUUAAUAAUCCGACAAACUACUCUCCCCCCCUUUUUUUUUUCUUUCUUUCUUGAUUUUUUAUUACUAAUUAUUCCUUCAUGUCAUCAAUGAGUCAUCAAUUUCUAAAGAAUCCUUAUUUUGCUGUAGUAGGUGCAAGCACAUCUCGAGAAAAAUUUGGAAAUCGAGUUUUACGUUGGUAUCAAUCAAAUCAUCUCAACGUAACUCCUAUUCAUCCUAAAGAACACAUGAUUGAAGGAUUAACUACAAAGGCAUCGAUUCAUGAACUUCCUUAUCCUUCACAAACAUCGCUUUCUAUCGUCACUCCUCCUGCCGUCACACUUCAUAUCCUUCAAGAGGCAUAUCAUUUGGGCUUCCGUUACUUUUGGUUACAACCUGGUGCUGAAGACGAUCAGGUUCGAGCAUUUGCAACUACUCAUAAAGAUACCCUCCAUAUCAUCUUGGGUGGUCCCUGUAUCCUUGUGGAUGGACCCAAACUCUUGAAACAAAAGCUUUAAUGUUGUUAUUAUAAUACAAAAUAAUUUAUUUUAUUUUAUUUUAAAAUGUUA